GUACUUAAAUGGUUGUGACCCGGAAGACUUACCCAUAAAUACUCAGAUUUUUGCUUUAUUUUAUAUCUACUCAUACUAUGUUUUUGUUAAAAUAAGAAGUUAAAAUAUUGUUAAUGAACUCACUUUUUUCAAUAUCAUACUUAAUAUAAAAAUGCGACACUAUAAUUUGCACGAGCCAUAAUCAGCAUCAUGUCCGCCACCAUCAUUUCCGGGGUAAAUUUGUACCUUGUAUACAUAACAUACCUUGCAGUCAUUGAUAACCGGUAUAUACAUGGCAACGGCUGUGAUAAUAGCCGCUGUUGUUGGCGGCGGGGUUCUGCUCCUAAUGCGCCGUCUCUUCCCCCGGCGGAAAGCAGUAAAGCUCCUCCAGUAUCCGACCGACACCAUGCGUGGAAAGACUGUGAUAGUGACUGGGGCUAACAGCGGGAUAGGGAAGGCCUUGGUCGGGGAGCUGCUGAAGCUUCGCGCCCGGGUCAUCAUGGCCUGCCGGGACCUGCGGAGCGCCGAGGACGUAGCCCAGGACCUGAAGAGCAGAGCGGGGCCAGAGCAGGGUGAGGUGGUCAUCAAGCACCUGGACUUGGCUUCCCUUCGAUCUGUCCGAAAUUUUUGUGAGGAAAUUAACAAGGAGGAACCUAAGAUUGAUGUGCUGGUCAACAACGCCGGGAUCUAUCAGUGUCCCUACACGAAGACAGAAGAUGGUUUUGAGAUGCAGUUUGGAGUGAAUCACCUGGGCCACUUCCUCCUCACUCACCUGCUGCUGGACCUCCUCAAGGCUUCGUCUCCCAGCCGCAUUGUCGUCGUUUCCUCCAAACUCUACAAAUACGGCCACAUCAACUUUGACGACUUGAACAGCGAAGGGAACUACAACAAAGCUUUCUGCUACAGUCAGAGCAAGCUGGCCAACCUGCUGUUCACACUCGAGCUGGCUCAUCAGCUCGAGGGCACGGCGGUCACGGUCAACGCCCUCACCCCGGGGAUGGUGAGGACCAGACUGGGACGACACGUCCGAAUCCCUCUGCUGGCUAAGCCGCUGUUCCACCUUGCCUCAUUGGUCUUCUUGAAGAGUCCGUUGGAGGGAGCCCAGACGCCGCUCUAUCUGGCUUGCUCCCCCGAGGUGGAGGGGGUGUCAGGGAAGUGCUUUGCUAACUGCGAGGAAGAAGAGUUGAUGGCCAAAGCUACAGACAAACAGGCGGCCAAAAAACUGUGGGACAUAAGCAGGAGGAUGGUUGGACUCGCAGAGUGACCAUGGGGCCAGUUCUGAGGGCCGGACUGUUAGGGAAUUAAGUGUUCUUGGACGACUUUGUUAAUCCAUUUGUGCUUGCAGACAUCAUUGUGCAAGAGAUGGGUUGUGAAAAAUCUUCCUUUUUCUCCUCCCUAGGGAUAAAAACUUUAAUGGAAAGAUAUAUUGUGCCUCUGAAAUGGGAUAAUUAGCAGACUUUGUGCUACAUUACAGGACUGAUUAGAUCUCAUAUUAUGAUUUGAAUUUUAAAAGGUGUUCAAGUAAAGUUGUAAAAGAA